GCAGAUACAUAUGGAUGCAACAAAACUUAGGAAUCUCAAAUUUAUUAACGUAAUUGUUUAAUCUAGAAGAGAACUGUGAUUUUUUCAUACCAAGAAUUGAAGUGUAAAGUGAAUUAUGGGUUUUCGAGAUCGACGAAAUAUUAAAAUCCACGGAGGACACUUUGUAAUUAAAUAUAUCUUUUUUAUUAAUUAAUAAAAUAUUAAGCAUAUUAAAUGGAUGACAGGAUUUUAAGUCUUAACGAAAUUAUAUUGCACUUAACAUAUAAGUUAAUAUUAAAAAAAAAAUAUCUAUUUUCUAAUUCUAAUUCUAUAAGUUUUAUUUCGCAGAAAAUUGGACGAAUGGCUUGUUCCUUAUGCGAUCAUUAUGUCAUGGGCAGUACGUUGUAUGUGAUCAUUCUGGGCCUUAUUGGGACCGUUAGUCCAUCGUAAUACUCUCAUAUUAACUUAACACUUUAAGUACAUAUAAGCAAAUGUCAUUUAAAUGCAUUAUAUUAUUAACGUAAAAUUUCAUCAGGUGAUUACAGCCUUUGAUAUAAUGCGCACAGUGAAUUAUAAAGUUCCCAGGACGUCGUCGCGUCACGGAAACAAUCGAGAAAUACCUUUUACUGUCGAAAGAGACUUAAAGUUGAUGACAUCUAUACUGGGAAUCGAGCAUUAUACUUUAAUUAUGUUAGGUGCCAUUACGGAAUAUCCUAUGUUGCACACGCCCUGGUUAUUGAUGCAACUUUGCGUUAUUAUUGUUGAAAUCAUCGUUUUCUUUGGGAGAUUCUUUUUGGAUGGCUUGCACGUUAAACGCAAUGAAAUAUUACAAGCAAUAUUUACCGUGCACAACUGGUUGCAAGUCUUCUGUCUCUUUCAUCGACAAACACGACGAAUCAUAUAGCAAUCUAUAACUUUUUUUUCAUAUCAAAUUGUUAUACAUUUACAACGUUUUGAUAUACAUAAGUUGUGGAUUAUGAAACAAUAUAAUAUUUGUGCUUGUUUUCGGAUAUUUAUAAAUUUCAUAUUUAAUGUAUGAUAACUCGAGCUUUAUUUAUU